AUGCCUAGGACAGAGAAUGACGAACGGAUCGAGGAGGCCCUCAUUCCCAUGCUGAAGCGGAAUGCCAGUAUGCAUGGCUUUUUCAUACCUCUCAAGUAUUGGGCUCAACGUGUGAAUCAGAAGCUGGACAUGGCAAUGGAAGAUGGAGCUCUGAAGAAGACUAUGUUAGAGUCGAAGUGCAAUAUCCUCAACCGCGAAUUGGAUGCAUGUGAUGAAGACAGAGCCAAGUACUCACCUAUCACCAAGAUCAAGCUGGAGCAUAGAAAGAUCUCACAGAGGAGACAGUCAAUUAUCAGGCUCAGUGAUGGAAGGAAGAAGGUCUUCUUCAUUUGUGUGGAGACAGAGGAACAGAAAGAGUACAAACCAGAUCCAACGAAGCCGCCGCCAACCGAAAAGCAGAGAACUGCAUACUUCCAGAGGCAAUACAACACAUGGGCCAACCGAGCAGACCAUGUGAUGAGGCUGCAUGAGGUUCGUGAGGAUAGUGAGACCGAAGAACAACAACAACAACAACCACAGCCCAAUGCACUGACCAUAACAACCACAACUGCGACAACAGAGACCCAACAGCAGCAGCAGCCUAGGACUGUGACUCCAACCAACUUCGAUACGGACGAGCAACCGAUAACCGAAGCGCCAACCGAACCGAGCGAGGAGACGGAAGAACUGAAACCGGAAUCCAUCUUGGGAGAUCCAUCAAACAGCGAUCUCUUUGCCAUCUUUGAUGGACUUGUGAACCCAGAGUUCCUCAAUAGCCCUGACUUCUUUAUUGAGAAGGAAGAAAAUGAUGUCCUCGACACACUCAGAGACCGGAUCCGGCGGCGGGGUAUCGAACUGCAGAAAGAAAAGCAUAAGGAGCAUUACGAGAUGUUAGAUAAAGAAAAUCCAUUAGCACAAAUAGACUGCAGCAGGCACGAACCUGCUCUUAAUAAGUUCUGUCUCCCACCAAACAAGAGAGCUAUCCAGAGUGUUGUCCAGAUAGCACUGAAGAUCGAAAAUGACACAGAUGGGAUGGCUGGCCUGUUUCAGCUUCCCAAGUAUGAAUUUGAAGAGGACGGUGUAAAGUGCAAUGCUUGGUGUCUUCCAUGCCAAGAUGUAAUCGCCGAAGAGAAGCAGAAGAGAGAGUCGCUUCAAGAAGACGAGAUGCAUGCCAUGAUAACAGCCGACCAUGGGCAAGGGGCCAUGAGAGUGACUCUUGGUCUCCGGUUCAUUGGAGGCGGCAAGGUCAUCGAUGAAGUCGACCACUUGGUAGGUCAUGUUGACUGUAGAAAGGACAGUCGAGAAGUCUUGGACGCCAGCAAAGUCAUCUCAAAUAUCAACGGAGCAAUCAAAGCCAUAGCGACUCUCGGAAUCCUUCACUUGAUUAUCUUGUGCCAAGGCGACUUGAAGUGGGUGUCGGAAGCCCUUGGAAAGCCCGGCAUGUCGACCUGCCACUGUCCUUGGUGCAAAAACAGGCGGCACAAGUUUCAACGGGGAGGAAAAUACCACCCGCUUGAUAUUGUGGAACCAUGGACUCUUGCAAAGAUGAAGGAACACUUGGAGUUGUUGGAGUCCGGCAAGUUGAGUAGGAAUAAUGCAGACGAAGCCAACGGCAUAGUCCAUGCCCCCUUGCUAGACAUAGAGCCAAGCAACUUCAUUUUCUGCCCUCUCCACGGAAUAGUCUUGCAUGCGCACCAUGUGUUCGAGCACUUCCAAAAGUAUCUCAGCCAACGAAUCCAAUCAAUCCCUCUCGAGCUGCUGCUGGCUCGAGACAAGAAGACAGCAUGCGAGCGACUGGUCCAAGAAACAAAGCAGACGGCAUUGGAUUUGGAGGAGCAACUCAAGGGAAUGGAAGUAGACCUUGAGUAUCUUCGUAGAGGUGGAGCCUUUGAAGAUGAUGAUGAACAUCACAAGGAGCAAUUCCUUCUUCUUGAAGGAGCCGCAACACAGACCAGGAAGGCUCUGGAGGCAGCAAAGGAGAAACACGAAGAAGCCAAAUCAACAUUGAAGACUGCACACAUGUCACCAGAGGAAGCUAGAAGGUUGCAGGAGCUGGCCAAAGAGGACGAAGAAAGAGAGCAGCAAGAAGCAAUUGAGAAAGCAGAGGAGAAGCUGGCAAAAGCAACCAAAGCAGCCCGAAAGGCAGCCAAGGCAGUCGACAAGGCAGCCGACAAGGCAGCCGACAAGGCAGCCAAACCGAAGAAGAAGACCACCGCCAAACGAAAGAAUCCAUCAACAACGAAGGCAGCAGGAACCAAGAAAAAGAGGGCAGCAAACAAGAAGAAGGAUGCUCCACAGACGAAGUAG